ACCACGGUGCCCAGUUGUUUUGUCCAAGGGCAGAGCAUUGCACACAGCUCCCCUAAAGCAAGAGAGCCAAACAGAUCAGCCUAGGUUAUAGAGCAAGGACUCUUCUGAAAGAAUAUUCAGAGCAGUGGGUCUGGUACCACAACAGGAGGAGGGGAAAGGGGAGGGGAAAGGACUGGAGGUGCAACCGACCGAGGAGAGACGGGGACUGCAGGUCACGCAGCAGACAACCCAAGAAGCAGAGAUACCGAGAGAAAAGGAAGAGAGACUUCUCUAGCAGAACAGCAAGCCAGUGGAGAAAGGAGAGUCAGACCUGCACCAUGAGUGACAUCAAAUAUGAGAGGAUGAACGAAAAUGCUCUGCACAUGGAUAAUCCACCGCCCUACUCUGCAAAGAACGAGGAGCCUGGUCCUUCUGCUGGGAUGGCACCCACCACGGGCAGCAGAGGAGCUCCCGCUAUGCCGCACCAGUACACCCCUUACUAUGGUCCAGCCAGCAUAGCACAAACUUCACAAACCAUUGUCAUCAGUUCCGUGCAGCCCAGCCGUGAACCGGAUUACCUGGCCUACUCCAUCUUCACCAUGCUCUGCUGUUGCCUCCCCUUGGGUGUUGCUGCCCUUGUGUACUCGAUUCAGACCCAAAACGCCAACCAAAAUGGAAACUACAUAAGCGCUCGACGAAACUCCAGGGUGGCACUCAUAUUGUCUCACACGGCACUCGGAGUGGGUCUUGGGUGCCUGAUUAUAUACAUCAUCUUCUGGAUGAAUAUUUCUCACCAGAUAAUUGAAGUGCCAACCAUCAGCCCCUGAGGAUACACAACGUUCAUAUGCUAAAAGUCAUUCCCUGCCCAAGAUGCCCAAGUCUGAGAAGUCCUCCUAAAUUGACAUCAUGCUCUUUGAAUCGUUCUGUAAAGUGGUAUGUUCUGAGCUGACUCCCAUACCCUUGUUCUAACUAGGGAUAGAUUUACAAUGUCAAGCGAUGAACAUCAUGUGUGAUACCCAAAGAUCUCAAACUCCUUCCAAGAGUAUCUCUCCCCUCUCUCAUUCUCCCACCCAGAGUUAUUUCGAUUUCGAGAGUCUUCUGGUCUUGUCCUGUUCCUCUUCACUGCUGAUCAUUCUUCCAACAUUUCACAGAUAAUUGGGACAUGCAUGUAACACAACAGUUGUCAGAGCACACAUUUCUACCCAAGCCCUAUCCUUGACACCCAUCCCAUUCCCCAUCGUCCUACUUCUUUGGCCUUAUUCGUAAAAAUUUUCAGAGACACCGUUGAUGGAAUCUUAUAAAUGCCAUCUCCAACUCCUCGAAAGAUUCCAUCAACGGUGUCUCUGAAAAAUUGUA